GGAAGGAAAUGGAUUUUACCACUGCACGCCUUAUUUUCUUCAUAUUAUCAGCCGGGGCUGUCCUCUCCUAUGAACAUGAAACUCGCCUGAUAAACGACCUCUUUAAUAAUUACAACAAGGUUGUGCGUCCAGUGGAGACCUUCAAUGAUAAAGUUGUGGUGACGGUCGGAUUACAGCUCAUCCAGCUUAUUAAUGUGGAUGAAGUCAAUCAAAUUGUAGCGACAAAUGUUCGUCUAAAACAGCAAUGGGUUGAUGUGAAUUUAAAAUGGAAUCCAGCAGACUAUGGCGGGAUCCAGAAAAUCCGAGUUCCUUCCAGUAACAUUUGGCGCCCUGAUUUAGUCCUUUAUAACAAUGCAGAUGGAGACUUUACAAUUGUACAGGAUACAAAGAUCCUCCUCGAUUAUACAGGAAAAAUAAUAUGGACACCUCCGGCCAUUUUUAAAAGUUACUGUGAAAUUAUAGUCACCUACUUUCCGUUCGACCAGCAGAACUGCAGCAUGAAACUUGGAACCUGGACCUACGAUGGCAAGUUAGUAGUAAUAAACCCGGAAAGUGAUCGUCCAGAUCUCAGUAACUUCAUGGAGAGUGGGGAGUGGAUGAUGAAGGAUUACCGCUGCUGGAAGCAUUGGGUCACGUACACGUGCUGUCCGGAUGUCCCAUACCUGGAUAUCACCUACCACUUCGUCUUACAACGUCUUUCUCUUUACUUCGUUGUGAAUGUCAUCAUUCCAUGUCUUCUUUUCUCCUUUUUAACUGGCUUAGUUUUCUAUCUGCCCACAGAUUCAGGGGAGAAAAUGACUCUGAGUAUCUCUGUUCUGCUGUCCCUGACUGUGUUUCUUCUGGUUAUUGUUGAACUGAUCCCAUCAACGUCUAGCGCGGUGCCGCUGAUUGGAAAAUACAUGUUAUUUACAAUGGUGCUUGUUAUUGCAUCCAUUAUUAUUACUGUUAUUGUGAUAAACACUCAUCAUCGCUCACCGAGUACUCAUACAAUGCCGCCUUGGGUGAGGAAGAUCUUUAUCGACACAAUCCCGAACCUGAUGUUUUUCUCUACCAUGAAACGGCCUUCACAAGAAAAACAGGGACAGAAGAUUUUUGCAGAAGACAUCGAUAUUUCAGAGAUUUCUGGGAAACUGGGUCCUGCUGCAGUGAUUUACCAGUCACCGAUCCUAAAGAAUCCUGAUGUAAAAAGUGCUAUUGAAGGAGUUAAAUAUAUCGCAGAGACCAUGAAAUCGGACCAAGAGUCUAACAAGGCGUCAGAAGAGUGGAAGUUUGUCGCGAUGGUGCUAGAUCACAUUCUACUUGCACUGUUCAUGAUAGUUUGUGUCAUUGGAACAACGGCUGUUUUUGCCGGCCGCCUGAUUGAACUUAAUUCACAGGAAUGAAUUCUAAUGGAACUUCAAUUCACUUAUACCAAUUGUUAGUGAAGGAGCAGAGAUGGAACCAACCUGUAUAUGUAGCUGACAAUAUUCAUAUACUGUAGCUUUAUUCUGCCACAUAGUGAUGAUGAUGAUGCUGACUAUGAUGAAAAAGACCACGGUGGUUUUUCUUUAUAUGGAUACCACUGAAUGAUGAUGAUGAUGA